GUUUUAGGAUGGAGCAGUUAAUGAUAAAGUUAAUGAGAUGAUUCAAGAUGUUACAUCUGAGGAAAUGAUCAAUUCCAAGAAUAUCAAUGUUAAUACAUAUCCAUCUUUUCAACUUACCACAACUGAUUAUGGAUCGCAGCUAACCGCGGAAAAUUUCGGUCCAGCACCUCCAGCAGUGAUGCCUGUUAUUGACUAUUCUGAUGAACAAAAGCAGAUUCUUGAUACCACGAAGCAAAGUCCGGGAGCUCCCUUUAAUUGUGCUGAAAUCACGACAACAGUAACUGUGACAAACGAUGAAACAAAUUAUGCAACAAAUGUAGAGUUCACUUACACCGCUGCAUCUGAAACUAUUACGACAGAUACUAUUACUACAACAACAACAACAACUACUACUACUACUACUACAACAUUCAUUGUUUCCCCGUGUACUAUGCAAGUAUCAAAUGAAAAUAAGCAAACAUUUCCGGUAAACGCAACAUCAACAGUUUCCACUGAAAAUAUUAUGACUAAUGAAACAUUACUGGAACAAACACAAAAUACUACGAUUGAAAGCAUCAUUCCCAAAAGAUAUGAUGAAACAACGACAACGACAUAUUUGGAACUAACCGAAGAUCAAAUAUCAAAUAUGAUUCCUACAAUAUCAUUCCCUCAAGCAACAACUCCCCAAAAUAUUGGAAUGGAAACAGAGACGAAAGAUAAAUUGGAAGUUAUCAGAGAGAAUAGUACCACAAUUUUUCAUUCACCACAAAUAUCACAAUAUACCCAUCCAUCAUCAUUCAAUGUAUCGAAUAUAAUCAAAACAACCUCAAUACCAUUAAAUGUCAGUACAACACCUAUCGGAAUUGUUUUAAACCGUUUGCGUGGCAGAGCUCAUCUAAUCUGUAAAGAAGAUGGUUUACAAUUCGAAAUUAGCACAUUAUUUCCAUUUACCGGACAAAUUUUCGCUCAUGAUCGAAAACCCUCUGCUGAAUGUUAUUUUACAUUUUAUGAAGCAAAUUUAGUCCGAGUAAUGAUGCCGUAUUCGUCAUGUGGUAUGCGAAACAACGAAAAACAACGACCAGAAACCCAAUUUCAUAUGCAAAUUAUUGUUAUUUUUCAACAGAAAGACAAUACAAGCACAAUGCAAUCAUUUUUAACUCAAUGCGUCCAUCAAAAAGUACAAUAUCAAAAACAGGUGAUACCGAAACGUAUUGAAGAAGCAUUGGAAGAAUUACGCUUAAUACCGAUGAAACUGGAGUAUAAAGCACAAGUUCCGGAAUGUAUGAUGCGAAUAGUUACCGAAGAAGAACAUGGACAUGGUGAUGAUGGCGCUGAAAUAGAAGUUGUUAACCUUGGACAACCGAUGAGAAUCGAAUGGAGUUUGUUACCCGAAUCAGAUGCUUACGGAUUUCAUGUACGAAACUGUACAGUACGGGAUACGGUUAGUAAUAAAGAAUACAUGGUGAUCGAUGAACGAGGUUGUUCAACGGAUAUCAAUAUCUUCAGUCAUCCACAUUAUGAUACGUAUCAUGAUAUAGCUCGAGUUCACUGGCAUGCAUUCAAAGUACCGGAUAUUAAUCAGCUGAGUAUCAAAUGCUCCAUAGAAAUAUGUACCGAUAUUCCAGAUACCAAAUCCGGUUUAACCAGUUGUGAUAGUAUACCAUCUCCACCAUUUUGUCCGGAUUUGAUAACAUCACCUACGAAUGCUCUCCUGUCCGGUCAGGAAGCAAAAAUUGUUAGAAAACGGCGAGAGCACAAUUCGUUCCAGCAACAUGUCUAUGCCGAUAUUUGUUUCGGUGAUAAGAAGGAUGAGUACUGCAAUUCGGAGAAUUAUCGAAUAGAUCAUGGACGGCAUGCCAAAAUGUUUAGAGAUAAUUUACCAAACCAAUACUGCUUAUCCCGCUUAUGGUUAAGUAUUUGGACGGGUUUAUCUGCAUUGACAGCGUUACUGGCGAUCAGUGUACACGGGUAUUGUCGUUAUUGUGGACGACGACAAUAUGGACCUAUUAAAUUAGCAACAAAUUUAAAAGCAACAACAGCAAAAUAA